AUGGCGGACUCAUUAGCCGCCCAGAGGGCCAAACGGCAAAAAACUGACAAGCACGGCCGGGUGUCAGCUUUAGAGAAGCUGAAACAGCUAAAAGACAAAAAUUCGAAACACAAAUAUGAUGUUGAUGAAGUCGAAAACGUGUACGAUACUAUCGAUGAAAGGGAGUACUCCGAGCGCGUACUGCAGCGACAAGAAGACGAUUGGAUUGAAGACGAUGGCACGGGCUAUGUUGAGGAUGGCCGUGAAAUAUUUGAUGAUGAUGAAAUUGAUGAUACCUAUGUGGCUACAGACAAAAUAGAAUCUGGGCGGGGACAAAAGAGAAAAGCUAAAUUGGCUGCCCAGCCUGCCAAAGGCAAUAUUAGAAAUUUGCUUGGUGCUAUGCCUGCUAAGAAGAAAGAGGAUGUGAAAAUAUCAGAAGACAAUAUUCUCUCAGACAUAAUGUGUGAUCUAGAUGGAAAUGCACCUACUACAUCUAUGAAACCAAAACCUCCAGUCUCCAGUAAGGCUAGUUUUGUUGACUCCAGUAAGAAAGAUGCCCAAAAUUAUUUUAAAAGCUUUUCAUCUGCUAUUAAGAAACCUACUGCUGAUUUGUUUAGCAAUGAAUCUGCUGUAAGACAUCAACAGGAAUUUAAACACAAUAGUGAAAACGGCAAGCUAGCACCUCUGGAAAACAAGCCGUUACUUAUUGUGAAACCAGCAAAGAAAAGUGAAUGGAAAAUUGACAAAGAAAUAAAACAAGAAGUAGAAGAUUCUGCCACACAAAAUAUUGAAGAAUUUUCAACCCAAGACAUUGAUCUUGGGGAUGAUUUCAGCAAUGACUGUGAUAUUGUAAUGGCAAAAGCUCCUGCUGUGAAGAAAGAAAACAUAUCCAGUUCAGUAAACAAUAUAACAGAUGUAGCACAGGAAUUUCUCAAUGAUGACUUUGAAAUAUUCUCUGACCUAAAGAAAGAGUCACCUAAACAAAAGGAAUGGAAACCUCUAACAAGUAACUGGUCAGAACAAGGUAUGGACAACCAAGUGACUGCUUCAGUGCAAACUGAUGGUCAACUACCUCUGCAGACAAAUGAGAAUGGCAAGAAAAUAUUGAAGUUUUAUUGGCUAGAUGCUUGGGAGGACAGAUUUGUAAAGCCUGGAGUAAUAUAUUUGUUUGGCAAGGUUUAUGUAAAUCCUUCAAACAAAAAAGCAGGCUGUGUUUCUUGCUGCCUGGUUGUGAAAAAUGUUAAUCGCCAGUUGUUCUUAUUGCCAAGAGAAUAUAAACUGGACUCUGUUACUCUAGAAAGUACAGACCAAGAAGUGACUAUGAUGGAUGUGUAUCAAGAAUUCAACUCUAAUGUAGCCAGUGAGCUAGGGCUUACAGAGUUCAAGUCACGAAAAGUCACCAAAAACUACUGUUUCAAUUUACCUGACAUUCCAACAGAAUCUGACUAUUUAGAAGUCAAAUAUAAUGCAUCCAUACCACCAGUACCAACAAGCAAGAAAUAUCUGACAUUCUCCCAUAUAUUUGGCACUAACACCUCAUCACUAGAAACAUUUCUCCUGGAUAGAAAGAUCAAGGGCCCUUGCUGGUUAGAAGUAAAACAGCCAGAGAAUGUUCUAACGAAAAUUUCGUGGUGCAAGCUUGAGGCAUCCUGUGAGAAUAUGGAGCACAUCAAUAUAAUAAGGAAUGAACCUGACUUGGAGCCGCCACCGAUCGUCGUUGCUACUAUAAACAUGAAAACAACAUUGGAUUCCAAAACAAGGAAAACAAAAAUCUUAAUGCUUAGUUGUUUAGCACAUAACAACUUUCCUAUUCACAAGCCUCCACCAAAUCCACCUUUCCAGCAGCACUUCUGUGUGAUGACAAAGUGCAAUGAACUGUGGCCUUUGGACCUUAAACAAGCUUUGCCUCAAUAUAAGGCUACAAAACUAACAAAAUGCGACACAGAGCGAGAGUUGCUUAACUAUUUUAUGGUUCAAUUCUGGAAACUCGACCCUGAUUUAGUUGUAGGCCAUGACUUGCAAGGAUUUCAACAAGAUUUGCUUAUUGGAAACAUCCUGGACUUAAGUAUACCAAAUUGGUCACGCCUAGGUCGUUUGAAGAGGUCUAAUCCCCCAAUGAGAAAAUUCGCAGCGAAAGACGCGUUUCUAGGUCGCUUGGUUUGUGACAUUAAACUCUCAGCUAUGGAAUUAAUACGAGCCAGAGCCUUUGAUUUAGAUACUCUCAGUGUCAACAUAUUAAAAAUGAAAGAAGGUGAACGUGUGGACGUAGCUCUUGAAGACUUACCUCGAUAUUAUGAAAAUAGCAGAGAUUUACUGCAACUUGUAUCACUAAGCAUGCAAGACGCAUCAUACAUACUGAAAAUCAUGUGUGAAUUGAAUGUUAUACCUUUGGCGUUACAAAUCACACAAAUUGCCGGCAACGUCAUGUCGAGAACGUUGAUGGGCGGUAGAUCGGAACGAAAUGAAUUUUUGCUACUGCAUGCUUUCACAGAAAAAAAUUAUAUUGUGCCUGACAAAGCAUAUGGCAAAAAAGUCUUCAAUGAUAAUUCUGAAGUAGAAGAAGAAGAUGGAAAACCCACUGUCUCCAAAAAACAAGGCAAGAAAAAAGCAGCUUACUCUGGUGGUCUAGUCUUGGAACCUAAAAAAGGUUUCUAUGACAAAUUGAUUUUACUUAUGGACUUUAACUCUCUGUACCCAAGUAUCAUACAGGAAUACAACAUCUGUUUUACCACAAUCAAGAGGAAAGCUGCAAGUGCUUCUGAUGAAGACGUAGCCAAUCUGGUCCUCCCGGGUGCUAAAGCCGAAUUUGGUGUCCUGCCCACACAAAUUAGGAAACUUGUCGAGAGCAGAAGAGAAGUGAAAAAACUAAUGAAAUCUCCAGAUUUAGGACCAGAUUUAUACAUGCAGUACAACAUAAGGCAAAUGGCUCUGAAGCUUACAGCUAACUCCAUGUAUGGUUGCUUGGGUUUUACCCAUUCAAGAUUUUAUGCAAAGCCGCUGGCGGCACUUGUCACCAUGAAAGGAAGAGAAAUCUUAAUGGACACCAAGGAAAUUGUUCAAAAACUUAACUACGAUGUUGUUUACGGAGACACCGACAGUUUAAUGAUCAACACAAACUGUUUGGACUAUGAACAAGUCUUCAAAAUCGGAAACGAUUUAAAAAGAGAAAUCAAUAAGAAGUACAGACAAAUUGAACUAGAUAUAGAUGGUGUAUUUAGAUACCUCUUGCUUUUGAAGAAAAAAAAAUAUGCAGCUGUACUCAUUAGCAAAAACAAAAAUGGUGAAUAUGUAUUCACCCAAGAACACAAAGGUUUAGAUAUUGUGCGCCGAGACUGGUCACAGUUAGCAGCUGAAGCUGGAAAAUUCAUUUUGAGUCAAAUUCUUUCAGAACAGUCUGCAGAUGAGCGACUGGAAAGCAUCCAAACACAUCUUCAUAAACUUAAGGAGGAUUUAACAAGCAAUAAAAUGCCUCUCUCCAUGUUGACAAUCACGAAACAACUCACGAAGAAUCCGAAUGAGUAUGCAGAUAAAAAUGCCCAGCCUCAUGUGCAAGUGGCCCUGAGACUAAAUAGUAAAAAUAGCCGAAGGUUUAAGAAAGGAGACAUUGUACCUUACAUUAUUUGUGAAGACGGAUCAGCUAAUUCUGCCACUCAGAGAGCCUACCAUAUUGAAGAAUUGAAAAGUUUGGAACACCUGAAGGUAGACCACAAAUAUUACUUGGCCCAUCAACUUCACCCAGUGAUUUCGAGAAUAUGCGAGCCGAUUGAGGGUAUGGACCCUGCUCGCGUCGCUAGCUGUCUCGGAUUAGAUCCAUCUGGGUACAAACACAUUGUUAAAAAAGAAAACAAUAAUACUGAGACAUAUGAAGUCGAGAAUGAAAAAGAGAAAUAUCGUCAUUGUAACGAAUUCACAUUUGUAUGUGUCAACGAACAGUGCAAAACAAAAAACAAAAUAAGAGAGACAUUUACUGUUUUGGGUAAAGAAAAUGUAACAUUUUUGGAAAAAUGUCAGAACGAUAAUUGUACCAUAAAACCUAUAGAUUACUUGGCGUGUAUACAGAACCAACUUUGUUUGCAAAUUAGGCAAUAUCACUCGCAAUAUUAUAAUGGUUGGAUAUCAUGCGAAGAUCCUGCUUGCGGGUACCGUACUGCGAGGCUACCACAAACAUUUGCAGGUGGCUAUCCGCUAUGUAGGCAAUGCGAAAAAGGAGUUAUGUUCAGAGAUUAUACAGAAAGAGACUUGUAUCUUCAAAUCAACUUCUUUUUGUUUUUGUUUGAUCUAAACAAAAAUAAUACCACAAAAGUUCGAACAACAACUCAGACAGAGACGGCUUUCAAAGUCCUGAAGGAACAUGUUGAAGACUGGCUAACGUAUUCGGCUUACUCCAUCAUAAAUCUUUCUAAAUUGUUUAGAUUUUUCUUGCUCGAUCCUAAAGCUGGAAAUAAAGUGAAGUCAGAACCGGUUGAGAUCGACAUUCUGCCAGAAACUGAACACAUUGAUGCCUUAUUAGAAUUUGGCAGUUACUAAUUUUAUAGUAUACUUUUAUUGUCAGACUUAAAAACUAAAUCAUUAUAAAUAAAUGAUAACGUUACAUACUUGUUAUCAUGCAUUUGUUUGACUUUCCGAUCUACCUUAGGGUCACUUUAUAUUGCCGCAGCCGAGCUGCGCGCCGCGGCUUACGGUGCAUUUACACGAGGAAUG